UUGCCUCUAACCCAUCUGACACACUUUCCGCAGAAGAGAAACUACCUACCUAGCAAUAUGAACAAGCUUCUGGCGAUCACAGUGCUCAUUGCUUUCCUUGCUCUGGGAGCGGAGAGCUUCCGUGUGCCCAGGCAGGCAGAGGAGGAGGAGAAGGGAACCAUUGCCACUGUGGUGGACAGCCUGAAGUCUUACUACGACCAGAGCGUUGGCACUGCCAGCAGCUAUGUAGAGAGCAUCAAGGGCUACAAGCUGGAAGAGAAAGCCAAAAACCUGUAUGACGAGACAGUUCGUGCCGUCAGCACCUACGCCGGCAUCUUCAACGACCAGGUGUACCACAUUUUGUACCCUCAAGACAGCUCUUAAGUUCCAUAUAUCAGACCUCAACACCGCUCCAUCUGUUUCUGGUCCUGAGUCUGUCACUACGCUGGAAUCACAAUUACAUGCAUCCUGCAAGAAGACGGCACAGUCUGGGGUGAAAACAUGACUUUUGAACUCUUAUCUCCCAAUGACCAGUUAGCUCUGCCCUGUCAACUUCAAAAGCACCCUGACACACAUCAGUGGAAAAGUAUGUGAAGUAAAAUCAGGAAUAAGGCUCAACCACGUCCUGUUUUUGGAUGAAGAUUAGAGAUUCUACGCAUGACUGUUACCUGGUCACCUCUAACAUGCGUCUAGGUUAAAACAAUCAUCGACUGUUUCAUUGUCUGUAUAGAUUAAAUAAAUCCUUGUAUGAUAUCAA